AUGAAUAAGGAAGAUUACUAUCUAAGGCUACUUUUGAACAUUCAAAAGGGAUGCACGAGUUUCAGUGAUCUAAGAACAGUUGAUGGUGUCGUUUAUGACUCCUUCAAAGAUGCAUGCUAUGCUCUAAGACUGUUGCAGGAUGACAGAGAAUUCAUUGAUGCAAUCUCUGAAGCAGGAACAUGGCACUUUGUAACUUUUUUAAGGAGACUUUUUGUUGUUUUAUUAACAUCAAAUAACAUGAGUAGGCCAAAUUUUGUUUGGCAAAAGAUUUGGAACUUUCUCUCCGAUGACGUACUAUAUGAACAAAGAAGAUUACUACAAAUGGAAGAUUUGAUCAUGUCAGAAGUCCAAAUAAAAGAUAUUGCACUUGCAAAAAUUAAGGAUUUGCUCCAGUCAAAUGGCAGGUCAUUGAAAGAAUAUUGUGGAAUGCCAUAUCCUUUAGAAAAUUUGAUGUCCACCUUAGAAGAUAGAAUUAUCAUGAAAGAGUUGAACUUUGACGUUAAUGCUCUUGCGAAUGAACUAAGUGGGUAUUUAGAAAGGCUAACUAAUGAGCAGAAAUUUGCAUACGAUCAAAUAAUUGGUGCUGUUAGCGGUAAUAUGGGUGGACUUUUCUUCUUAUACGGUCAAGGUGGUUGUGGAAAAACAUUCUUAUGGUCAACUAUAUCAUGCUCAAUUAGGUCUAAAGGAGGUAUAGUUUUAAAUGUUGCUUCGAGUGGGAUUGUUGCACUUUUGUUGCCUAAUGGAAGAGCUGCACAUUCAAAGUUUAAAAUUCCUUUGGCCAUAAAUGAGGAUUCUUUGUGUAGCAUUAAACAGGGAAGUCCUCUUGCAAGGUUAAUAUCCAAGGCCAAAUUAAUCAUAUGGGAUAAAACUCCAAUGAUAAGUAAGUAUUGUUACGAAGCUUUAGACAAAUGCCUCAGAGACAUCUUAAGGUGCUCAGAUUCGUAUAAUACUCAUUUGCCAUUUGGAGGUAAAGUUGUUGUUCUCGGAGGAGAUUUUAGACAAAUUUUACCUGUGAUUCCCAGAGGCUCAAGGCAAGAUAUAAUUCAGUCUUCUAUUAAUUCUUCAUAUUUGUGGCAUAACUGUAAGGUUUUGAAGCUUACAAAAAACAUGAGAUUGUCACUAGAUGGUGAAUCGAUCGUUUAUAUACCAUCUGACAUUUUGAUUAAGAACUCUGAGGCAACUUUGGAUGACCUCAUUGAUUUCGUGUAUUCAGAUAUGUUAUCCAAUUUAUCCGUUGAAAAUUAUUUCAAGGAUAGAGCAAUUCUUGCACUAACUUUAGAUUGUGUCACUGAUGUUAACAACAAGAUGACUGCAGGGUUACCUGGACAAGAAAGAGUCUACUUAAGUUCAGACUCUGUGUGUGCUGAAGAGGAAAAUAUGGAAUUUGAGUUAGAUGCUUUCUCGCCGGAGAUUCUAAAUGGAAUAAAUUGUUCAGGUCUACCACCACACAAGUUGGUUCUGAAGGUUGGCGCUCCUGUUAUGUUGCUGCGGAAUAUAGACCAAACUAAUGGUUUGUGCAAUGGAACGAGGAUGCAAGUUAGAAGAAUGAGAAAUCAUGUGUUAGAAUGCAAGACUUUAACUGGUAACAAACCUGGAAGUAUUGUUCUUAUCCCAAGACUGAAUCUAAUUCCAAAUAAUGAAACAUUGCCGGUCAGGAUAACGAGUAAAGAUAGUCUGCGAGUGCUGUUGCAAGAUCAUGGACACUUGGAAGAUAACUGCACGAUGAAUGUGGUAUCAAAGGAUAGCAUUGAAUUGAUGAAGGAACCAACAAAUAAGACAGAAUUGGGUACUGAUAUGGCACAAGAGCAGUAA